AUGCCUCGGCAAAAACAAAAAGCACGUAUUCACGUAACAACAGCAUGUUCAAAUUGUCGAAGAAGACGUGGAAAAUGUAACGUACUUUCUAGCGAAGAAGAUAAAUGUAUCUAUUGUAAUGAACAAAAUCUGCGCUGCAUUUUUAUCCCGGGUGAUAAACGAGGUCCAAAACCUGGAUCAGCUAACCCCUCUGAUACUGCUGAAGCAUAUCAUAAUGCGUCUAUGAUCAGUCCGUCUUCCUUUUUCAUUUACGACGAACGAAUGCUAAAUAAUGAUCAACACAACACAUCCUUUUCUAGUUCGUUUUCUGCUAGUGAUUCAAAUGGAUCCUCCUCACAUUCUUAUAGCCAUACUAUAGCUACUAAUAUUAACAUACAUGAGACUAUUGAAAUUACUCAACCAUCAUUAUGUUUUCAUGAACCAAUUAUGCCAAGUAACGAACAAAAUAUUAUAUCUUCCUUUUCAACUAGUGAUUUAAACGAUUCCGAAAUUCCACAUCUUUAUAUUAACACUUACGAUGGAGAUUCCGAAAUUCCACGUCGUUUUAUUUGA